AUGCAGGUCAUAUGGGAUCCAUAUCGUGGUCAUAGGGAUGCUCAUCCAUUAUUGGAAAUCACAUUUUACACAGGAAUGCUUAAGUGUUUAGAUAUUGUGGAACCAUAUUAUCCUGAUAGGGUUAUAAGACAAUUUGGUCGAGUUCAAACAAUUCCUUGCAACCCUUACACCCCAUCUCGUGUUCGACGAGUUUCUGAUUCCAAAUCGUACAAAGUUGUGUAUGAGUACUUUGAUGGAUUGUGGCAAAGAUGGCGAGAUCACGUGUUAGCAGAUGCCAACCGAAGCACUCCAGUUAAGUUUUCAUAUGACUGCACUCCAGAAUACUUAUCGUGGUACCAAAAGAUCACACAUCCCUAUGUUCAACACCCUGAUCGGGUGUCUGCUGCAGUUGAUUCAAAUGAGGAAAAUCAUCCAUUACAGGUAUAUAUUUCUUAA